AUGUGUAUCAGAAGUCAACAAUUCCUGCUUGGUUUAUUGGCAAUUCAACGAUUCUUCAUUUAUUUCUAUCCCAGCGCCGAGAAAUAUUUGAAUUUCUCAAAAAGAGCAUUAAAGUGGAUUUUGGUAGUUUCCUAUGCAGUUUCUGUUUCAGAAGCUCUACUUCGAUUAAAAACAAAAGCAGAAAAGGAACCAGGUGUAUCUCUAGCUUCUAUAGAAGAUAUUUACUUGUUUCUUCGUUUUGUAUUUUUAACUGCAUCUGCUGCAUUAUACAUUCCUAUUGUUGUUAGUAUCGGUAAACUAGCCAAUUUGGCUUCUGCAAAAAUCAGUAACCCCCAAAGAUUUGUUGCUUGGCAAUUAGUAGUUGUUGUCGCAAAGCAAAUGAUUUGUCUUAUUUACUUUUUUUAUGGGGAGUCAGAAUAUGAAGAUAAACCGUAUCUUCGAAUUUCUGCAGCAAUUAUUGAUUCCAAAGGUUUCGACGCUUUGCUGAUGCCAACAAUCACUCAGAUCACUUAUCUCGGAUGUAAUAGGAGGAAUGUGAUGGCUUUAUGGAAGACGGUUAAGCCUAAAUGGUUAUUCAGAAGUUCUAGAAGAAUAAUNNCGGACGUUUCGAGUUCGAUAUGGGGAGAGAAUUGA